GAACUCCAGAUCGAUAAUCAAAAUCAUGUCUUUGAACUCUGCCUUGAUUUUCCGCAGUUUUAUGUCAAAUUGUUGGUUCAAAUCCCUAAAUUAUCACUCUUUUGUAAAUGCUAGUCACCAAUUUCGAUGCUUUUCCACUUAUCCCAGAUUUGAUUUCAGCUGUACACGUGAGCCCGAUGAUAACGUCGAUCAAUUCCGGAAUAUGUUGAGAAUGCAUCCGCCCCCUUCUGUUAUUGAUUUCACCAAGUUAUUGGCUGCUGUAGUCAAGAUGAAGAAAUACUCGCCUGCACUUCACCUGUUCGACAAAAUGCUUCAAAGGGGUGCUUCGGUAGAUGACUACACCUUGAAUAUUGCGAUCGAUUGCUUCUGCCAACUGAAAAUGCCUGAUUUUGGGUUUGCAAUUUUAGGCAGUUUCUUCAAACGUGGGUAUGAACCUGAUGUGGCAACUUUUAACACUCUCAUCAAAGGGCUUGUGUUGGUAGGAAGGAGGCCAGAGGCAGCAAAGCUGUGUUGGAAGUUGUGUGCGAAGCAACUGUGCAAUCCCAAUGAACGUACCUAUGGUGCGUUGCUUAACGGGUUAUGCAAAGCUGGAGCUACUCUUGAGGCGUUCGUAUUCCUUAUUCGAUUGGAAAGAGAAACUUUCAAACCUGGUGUUUAUGCUUACGGCAUAGUUAUUGAUGGUCUAUGCAAAGAUAGAAAGGUCGACGAAGCCCUCCACCUCUUCUCCACCUUGGGUGAUAAGGGGAUUUCGCCUGAUGUUGGUAUCUAUAAUUCAAUAAUUGAAGGGUUAUGCAAUAAUAGUAGAGGGAAGAAGGCUGAAGACAUGUUAAGGAAGAUGAUAUCGAAUAAAGUCCGCCCAGAUGGGGUUACUUGUAGUAUUUUUGUGGAUGCUUUUCGCCGACAGGGAAGGAUGGAAAAGGCCGAGCAUAUGCUGGUCAAGAUGAGGCAAAUUGAUGUUCAACUGAAUAUUGCUACAUACAAUGAAUUGAUUAAUGGAUAUUGUUUGCUGGGAGAAAUGGAUAAAGCUAGAAACAUUUUCCAACUAGCGGUGAAAUCCGGCAUCAAGCCUGAUGUAAGAAGCUACACUAGCUUGAUGAACGGGUACAGUAAAAUGGGACGAAUUGAUGAAGUUUGUUGUCUUUUUACCAUGAUUAACGCCAAUGGGUUAGAGCGCGAUGUGAUUUCUUAUAACGUAAUGCUUGAGACUUUAUUUCAUGAUGGUCGAUGUGAAGAGGGCUUGAAGUUGUUCAAAGAGAUAGAAGCUCUACAAGUUUAUCCUGAUAAAAUUAGUUAUGGAAUCUUGUUACAUGGUUUGUGCAGUGCUCGUCGUAUUGAUGAAGCAUUUUCCAUGUUGCAUACCAUGGAAAACAAAGGCAUCAUUCUAGACCUAGUUUCUUAUAACAUCGUCAUUGAAGGAUUGUGCAAAGAUGGUAAACUCAGACAAGCAAAGAAUGUGUUUGAUGAGCUUCCUUCCAAAAAUGUGCAGCCUGGUUUUAUAGCAUAUACAAGCCUUAUUGGUGCAAUGUGCAAAGAAGGGCAGAUAGAAGAGGCUAAGGAUUUGAUGGUGCAAAUGGUGAAAAAGGGGGUUUUGCCCAACAAUGCGACUUACAAUAUUUUUGUUCAAGCUCUUCUCAAAAGGAACAUGAUGGACGAUGCGAUUCUUGUCUUGAAAGAGAUGACUGCAACAGGGAGAUGCACACUUGGCGCUACCACUUUUUCGAUGCUGAUUGAACCUCUACAAAGGAAAGAUGAUGAUGGUGUUCUGUUUGAUUUGGUUAUGAAACUUUUACCAAAGGUGUAGGUUUAUCUAGUUUGGAUGAUAUGUUGUAGUUCAUGAUACUGAUUAACCGAGACGACCAACUGCAAGUCUCUUGAGUGGAGUAGUUGGUGCUGCAUGCUCUCUUCCCAUGGAACCGAGACGUUGAAUUUAAUUGUUGUUAUUUUCAUUCAUUCAGGUUAUUUAUUAUACUCAUAGAUUCAGCUA